ACUGUAAAAUCCGAGAUCUGAUAUGAUUAUCAACCAUAAACAACGUAUGAUGAAUGAGGUGUUAGCCGAAUGAUGCAGAGAAGUAUUUAAGCAUUUAGAUAUCACUUCAUUUCAAAAAUUUCUUAAGUUUUCAAAUAAGCUCAUUAAGUUCAAUAAUGACUAAAUCUCCACCAUUAAAAAAUACCAAAGUUUUCCAACCUAUCAAGGUAAGUAUUAACACUAUUUCAAACAGAGUUGUAUUUGUACCGACAACAAGAAGAAGAAAUCUUGAGGAUAACACACCUUCACAGUUGACUGCUCAACAUUAUGACGAAAGAUCGAAGUAUCCAGGAUCAUUAGUCAUCACUGAAGCUACUUUUGUAUCUGGAAGAGCAGGAGCUUUAUCUACAGCACCAGCUAUUGAAACUAAAAAGCAAACUGAAGCUUGGAAAAAGGUAGUGCAAAGGAUUCAUGAUAAUGGUUCAUUUGCUUCGAGUCAGCUAUGGUUCUUGGGUAGAGUUAGUUAUGAACCAGAGGUCUUGAAACAAAAAGGAUUUGAUUUGGUUGGACCAUCUGCUAUAUAUUCGAGCGCAGCCAAUGAAAAGAAUGCUAUAGCUGCUGGAAAUCCUCUUCGAUCAUUAAGUGAAACUGAAAUAAAAGAUAUCAUAUAUACCGAUUAUACGAAUGCAGCUAAGAAUGCUAUCGAAGCCGGAUAUGAUUAUAUUGAGCUUCAUGGUGCUCAUGGGUACCUUUUAGAUCAGUUCUUACAGCCAGUUUCAAAUGCAAGAACUGAUAAAUAUGGUGGAUCAAUUGAAAAUAGAGCAAGAUUUGUUCUAGAAUUAAUAGAUCAUUUGAUUCCAAUUGUUGGUGCUUCUAAAUUGGCUAUUAGACUCUCCCCAUGGGCUAAAGCUCAGGGUAUGAUUGCUGAAAAAGAUUCUGUUCAUCCUAUUACUACUUUUAGUUAUUUAUUAAAUGAAUUACAAAAGAGAGCUGAUACAGGUAACCAAUUAGCGUACAUUUCAAUUGUUGAACCUCGUGUUAGUGGUGGUCUUGAUGUUGCAGAUGAUCAAAUUGUUGGUAAUAAUGAUUUCAUCACUCAAAUAUGGAAGGGUAUAGUAAUCAGAGCGGGAAAUUACAGUUAUGACGCUCCUGAGUUUAGAUCCAUUCAAGAAGAUGUUGAAAAUGAUCGUACAUUAGUUGGUUUUUCAAGAUAUUUUACUUCUAAUCCAGAUUUGGUGAAUAGAUUGGCCGAAGGUUUCGAGCUUACUCCUUAUAACAGACCAACAUUUUAUCUGGAAUCUAAUUGGGGAUACAAUACAUACAAUGAAUACGGUGAUAGUAAAAGCUAUUUGGAAGAUGAAGAAGGAAAAAACUUACCAAAAGAAAUCAGUGAAAGUAUCAACACCAAGUAGUCUACGAUUUAUAUAUUGUUUAAUAAAAAA